GUGUUGUAAGUCAUUACUGAUGCGUCGUUCUAUUGUUCCAAGCACGUGGCAUGAAUUCGAAACAAACUGGACAAAACUCAUCUCGCUACUUCCACAUUUAACGCGAAAACGCACGCACGGGAUCGCGCGUACGAGGCAGACGUUGAGGAAUUCGCAAACCGUGAAGGUAACUCGCAAACCCUCACGGACGAUACCACGGUAAUUUUCACUUGAUUCCUGUGUUUUGAUUAUAUUCGUGCCUCCGGCCGACACUUGGCGCGCAAACCCCAUUUAAAAACACAUAAGCAAACCGACUAAGGAGCCGUGGAACUAACCAAUCACAAAGGUGCGCGGCGAAUCGGGGGCGGAGCAACGAGCGGGUUUUGCUUCCCAUCAUUGGUUCUUUUGUGUUAGCGUGAGGUGACGUGUCACGGCGUCACAGAGAAACCAACGCAAAUUCAAGUUGGACGUAAAUUAAAAAUAGAAAUUGCCACGAUCAGUUUAAGCUUGUCCACUCGCUGAUAACGUGUCAAGCGCAACAGAACUCGAACUCCUACCGACCGUGAGAUAGAAAUAUCGUGCACCUGUGGCUUCGACGACUCGUGUUUCGAACUGAAACCAACUGACUGGCUCGAACCACUGAACUUUGUCCGCGCUUGGUAGAAUAGAGUAUUUUAAUUUUCCUUCUCGUACGAGUCACUGAAACGCGUUUGUAAUGAUGGUUUUCCAAGGAAGCGAGCUCAAUUCGCCAAGCCCGCCGCCUCAAGUUCCCACUGUAGACGAGCCCGAGGAAGAACCCAAGAAAUCGCUUCAGCACGUCAAACGCCCCAUGAACGCGUUCAUGGUUUGGAGCCAGAUCGAGCGCAGAAAAAUGGCAGAAGAGCACCCCGAUAUGCACAACGCCGAGAUCAGCAAGCGCCUCGGAAAGCGCUGGAAACUGCUGUCGGAGAGCGAGAAGAGACCGUUCGUAGAGGAAUCGGAGCGACUUCGCAUUAGACACAUGCAGGCUUAUCCAGAUUACAAAUACCGUCCACGCAAGAAGAAGCAGCCUAGUAAGCAGAAGAACAACGCUGGUGGACAGGAGGGGAAAACUUCAUCCUCUACGGAAGGACACUCGAGAAAGAACCUCCCCGAGGCAGUGGGUACGAAGCGUGAGGCACUGCCCGGCGCGCACGCAUUUCCUGGACUGGGUUCUUCCAAGAAACACGCUAGUUCUCUGGGAGAGCAGCCAGCGUUUAAGAAACAACGCCGCGACUUCGUUUCGCCAAUCACCCCGCCGCCGAACGUGCCCGAUGCGAUCGGAACAACACCAGAGGAUCCCAUUGAUCAGCUAUCCUUGUACGACGACUUCGAACAGGCGUUCAAACAGGAUCAGCAGGUCCCUGUGAGCGUGAAUCACAGCCAACAGAUUCCGAACUCGUGGCCAAGCUUAGAAUUUGGCAACGUGAACUUCAACGGCUUGCCUGUCUCGCCAUUACUUGAUCUGAACGGAGCAAAUGGCGGCCAAUUUGAUUUUCCCGAUCUCUACACUCCGCCAGAGGUUUCAGAGCUUAUUCAAAGCCAGUGGCUUGAGAACUCUCUAGGGCAUUUGUAGCUGAUUGCAAUUUUCGCCGUUCAAGUAUUAACUGGUGGAAGGACACUGCUUUUGACUUGUGGAAUUUCCACUUCAUGCGAUUUUUAUAAACACUGAGACAUUUCCAGGAUCUUGUUUGGACCUUCGACUUUUCUAACCGCUAUGGACACGCUUUUCUGUGUAUAUUUUUUUCGACCGAAGAAGUUUAUUUCGUUUUUUUGUAUCGACGGAUGUAUUCUCGUUUUAGAGAGCUUUUAUUACGAUAAUUGUACAAAAAAAGGAUUCUAAAUAAUUUAAUAGUUCCCUGAAGUGUUGUAUUUUUACUAAAUUUCUCUCUUUCCUCGGCCUGAGGAGCGUGUUUUAAAGUGAAUUGAAAUUGAAGAAGAGAAAAUUAUAAUACCAUUAUUAUGAAAAU